UACCUACAGUAAGAUAAGGUACACCUCUACAGAAGUAUUGAGUUAACUGUUUCGAAACAAAGUUAAAAAUUAAAGAUAGACUCACUUUGCAUUGGCAUUUAUUUUAUUUUCCAUCUCUUGUCUUUUAUUUAUAUGUUAAAAUUUCAAAUUUGAUAUUGUCUGUAGGAUGAAUAUGGGGGAAAAUGUAAUUUGGUGCUUUGAAUAUAAAAAUAGUUUGAUAUGUUUACUAUUUCUAUCAAACCAGCAAUGACCUAUAGAACAUUAGGAUUGUUUGUACAUCUCUUCAUGUGUGUAAUAGGCCCAUUUUCUAAGGAAGUUAAUUCCAUAAACUCAAUCCAGCGUUAUGUGCUUUUGUUAUUUAAAAGAUUAAGAAGUACUAUUUCCGCACAGAACAUUAGAGCAUCAUUAAAUGGACUGGUAUGAAGCAGUAUGUAUGGUAGGAAGUUGCAGUGCGAGGUUGAUAAUUUUUUUUUAAUGUAAAAUGACAUAGUCUUGCGCAACCCAGAAACAUUUACAUCGGUAAAUGGAUGUUUAGGGUGCAAAAGGAAAUAAAAUAAUGGAGAAAACCAGAGCCCUUGAAGAAUCUCUUCUACUGCACGAGAGAAAACAUUGCGUUGUGUGACGUAAGGGUUCAGAGGUCGGACACGCCCACAUCUUCUUCCCUCAUGGUGGACUGAGCGUCGGUGUUUGUUGUUGCGAAGAUAUACUAAGAUAUACUCGUGUAUUUAUGCUGGACUGUUGUGUGUAUUCACUGUAUUCUCCUCUUUGAGGGUGUCUGAUGUCGGACAGUAGCAGCAAUCCCUACACGAAGCUCCACUCUUGAAUAUUUUGCUCGUUAGCUCGUAAUGCUAGCUAGCUAACAGCGCAACUUGAGAAAGAUGAAGACUUCAAACGGAAACAGCAGCAUCAUGGACAUGUUUGAAAAGGGAAAGGUCCUUAAAAUAUGUGCUCCGAUGGUGCGAUAUUCUAAGCUUGCAUUCAGGUCACUGGUGAGGAAAUACAACUGUGAUAUCUGCUUCACCCCAAUGAUAGUUGCUGCAGACUUCAUGCGAUCUGUCAAAGCCAGAGAUAGUGAAUUUACUACCAAUGAGGGUGACCGGCCCCUGAUUGUGCAGUUUGCUGCCCAUGAUGCCCAGACUCUGGCUGAUGCAGCCUGUGUGGUAGCACCUUUCUCAGAUGGAGUUGACCUCAACUGUGGCUGUCCCCAAAGAUGGGCUAUGUCAGCCGGGUAUGGUGCAUGCCUCAUCAACAAGCCUGAACUUGUGAAAGACAUGGUCACACAUGUCAGAAACCAAGUGGACAAUCCAAACUACACAACAUCCAUCAAAAUAAGAAUUCACAAGGACCUGAGGCGGACAGUGGAUCUUUGCCAGAAGGCUGAAUCAGCGGGUGUGUCGUGGAUAACAGUUCACGGCCGUACAGCAGAAGAACGCCACCAGCCUGUCCAUUAUGAUGCCAUAAAGACAAUUAAAGACAGCGUGUCAGUCCCUGUCAUUGCCAAUGGGGACAUAAAGUACCUCCGUGAUGUGGAGUCCACUCACCAGCUCACUGGUGUCGAUGGUGUGAUGGCUGCGCGGGGAUUGCUUGCAAACCCUGCCAUGUUCACUGGCUAUGAGGAUACUCCUUUGGAGUGUAUAUGGGACUGGGUGGACAUUGCUAUAGAGCAGGGCACUCCAUUCACCUGUUUCCACCACCAUCUUAUCUACAUGUUGGAGAGAGUUAGCUCCCAGCCUGAGAGAAAAGUGUUCAAUUCUCUCUCCAGUACCUCAGCUGUAAUAGAUUACCUCCAGAACACAUACGGACCAGUGCACGAUCAGGAAAAUGAGUGGUGGGAAACAGUUAAACCUGAGAGACGCUCACCAGAGAUGACGCUGCAAUGGACUGCUGUGGCCCUCUUUCUCUACGUGGAGAUAGGCAUACUUGUCAUCCUCUGCCUCCCCUUCAUCUCAGCCAGGAGAUGGCAGAAAAUUUUCAAUCUGAGGAUCUGGAGCUGGAUGGCGAGGUUCUGGAACAAAGUUUUUCUCACGAUGAUCAUAAUUCUCAUUGUUCUCUUCCUCGAUGCAGUGCGUGAAGUGAGGAAAUACUCAGCCAAAGAACUUGGUACAGAUACCAAGCUGCAACCCAACAUGUUUGAUCACCUGCACAUGAAGCUUUUCAGAGCCCAGAGGAACCUCUACAUCUCUGGCUUUGCCGUCUUCCUCUGGCUGGUCAUGAAGCGAGUGGUCACCUUGAUCAACCAAUUGGCAUCAGCGUCUAGCACUACGGCUGCUCUUCAGGCGCAGGCUGACGGUGCUAACCAGGCUGCCAAGAAAUACAUGGAGGACAAUGAGCUGCUGAAGCAGACUCUAAUGGAGGGGAAGGGUGACAAGGCUACCGCAGAGGGCAUGGAGCUGUUGAGGAAAGAAGUUGAGAAACUGAAAGACGAAGUUAAGACCUCAGGAGAUGCUUUGAAGAACUCCCAGUUAGAGGCAGAUGUGUUGAAGAAGCAGAUGGAGGGUCUCGCCAGGGAGUACGACAGACUGCUGAAAGAACAUCAGGAGCUACAGAAUCUUCAAGAUAGCGGAAACAAAAAGGACAAUUAGUUAUUGUAAAAUCCUGAGAGGUUGAUGUGUUUACACAGCAAAUUAGCCCAAUCACGAGUGAGCCACUGCACAUGUACCUUCAUUUAACGUCUUGUGUCACAGUGCAUCACAAAUCCAGGAUUAGCUGAUGCUGAUUUUUGCUGAUACAUUAAGGGUUUAAAGCAUGAGGGUGAUUUUUUUUUCAACUGUCAGCAAUUCGCAUUUGUUGUUGUUAAAGAAAUAUGCAAAAUGGAUGGAUGUUGUUUUAUGCUUUCCGCCAUUGGUUUUGGCCAGGUGCUCACUUAAGAGUGUAAGAUUUUUUGAAAGCUAGAGCAGUGACCGUUAUGAAUGUAUUUUGAUACCGAGGGUUUGUUUAAUUUCCUCUGUAUGUAGCGUGAGACAUCUGCCGCACCCGCUUUAAGCUUAACAACAGUUUGUAAAUUCAGUUUGUGCUCACAUGUGCUAAUACAGUUUGUACGUACAGUUGCACUUAGACAAAUCUCCACGUUUUUCUUGUGUUCGAGAUACGUUUUAUUUAAUCUAAGUAGUGGUGGUGAAAGAUAAUGAAAGGAGUAUUCCAACUUCCAGCGCCUUUUUUUCCUUUUUUAAAUUUCCUCUUUGGUUAGAACUCAUACAUUUUGAGCAAAAUCUGAUGUAAUGGAUCUGUGAGUAUAAGUAAAAUUGAAUAAAUGUAGGGAUAAAAAUUGGAUUAAACCACUUGUGAUAUUUUUCAAGCUUUACAAUAUGAUAGAUUCAUCAUAGUCAAAGGUAGGUGUUAAAAUAGGUCUCAUGCAUGUUUCCGAAACACAAAAGGUUCAAAUUGUUGUAUAUUUAUUGCACUGGGUGUUAAAACAUUUUUUGGGUUAGUUUGAUAGUUACACCAGGACAUGUACUGUAUGUGUUGUGAAAAAAAGAGGUUGUGCGCUUUUGGUAAUAUUUCCCCUUAGAGCAUUGUCACUGUGGACGAGGAGCUUACAUUAUUGUUGCCAGAUGCAUCUAUGUUGCCCAAUUCUUUCAUGAUAAAUAGAUAGGUUUUUGGGUUUACCACUGUCACUUUUCAGCCUCUUUAAGAUGUGUUCUGACAAUUUUGUAAAAGACAGAAAUUCGAUGGAAGUGCCUUUUUGGUGGAUGUAGUACAUUUAAAUAAAGAUACAGUUAUUUUUA